UCUCUAGGAGGAUCGCUGCCGCCAGCGCUGACAAUGCAGAUCUUUGUGAAAACCUUAACUGGUAAGACCAUCACUCUGGAGGACAAGCCCAGUGACACCAUCGAGAAUGUCAAGGCAAAGAUCCAGGACAAGGAGGGCAUCCCUCCUGACCAGCAGAGGCUGAUCUUUGCAGGCAAACGGCUGGAAGAUGGCCGCACUCUGUCCGACUACAACAUCCAGAAAGAGUCCACCCUGCACCUGGUCCUGCGCCUCAGGGGUGGGAUGCAGAUCUUUGUGAAGACCCUGACAGGCAAGACCAUCACCCUGGAGGUUGAGCCCAGUGACACCACUAAGAAAGUCAAACAGGAAGAUGGACGCACCUUUCUCAGCACACUGUCUAGAAAGAGCACUCCUUGUGCUUGUUCUUGGGCUUGAGGGGAGAUGUCUUAGUAUCCCCCAUCUUUUAAGCUGUUAAUCAGUUUCAUUUCACUUUGAAUAAAGUUCUUGCAUUCCCAAAAACAAAAAAA